CCUAGAAUAGAUUAAUUUGUCAGUAAGCACUCUAUAAAUAACCAUGGUGUUUGCUUGUUGUGCUGUGGGCUGCCACAACAGACAGGGACAGCAUGCAGGACGCUCCUUUUACCGGUUUCCUACUGACCCAGACAAGAGGGCCAAAUGGAUUGCAGCUGUGAAUAGACAGGAUUGGGAGCCAACAGAGUACUCCAGACUUUGCAGUGAUCAUUUCAUUUCAGGAGCAAGGAGUAACCACCCCCUCUCCCCAGAUUUUGUUCCCAGUGUCUUCCAACACACCUCAUCACCUGUGAAGCGAAAAGGGCAGCAGUCUCUGGAGUCAUUUCAGCGUCGACAGGCCAUGAAGUCCAGAAAGAGAGAGGAAGAAUCCCGUAGAUCAGCUGCACAAGCUCUCCUGGAUCUAACCUCAGGCCUGAACAUUCCAGUAAAGGACUUGGAAUUAGAGAAUACUACUGAGGCAGAUGUUGAACGAACAUUUGAAACCUCAGUGUAUGCACACAGACUGACUUGUCCAUGGACCAUAUUUCUGCUAUGGAACUUGAGCUCCAAAACUUGAGGGAUGAAACUAGAGCCAUAAUGGCCGACAAGUCAAGACAGUUUCUACAAAAGCCUUCCUUUGAAAACAAUGAUGAGAAAGUCAGGGUGUUUACAGGGUUGCCUUCUUUCACUGUUCUAAUGAUA